AUGGCACGCCUCCGCCGCGAUACUCCGGACUUGGGAGUUCCGCCUGUGCAGCGGCCGCUUCGCAUCGUCGCCUCUGGCACACUGUUUCUGACCCAUACCUUGUUGCUGCCUACACACCCAGAGCCGAAUGCAAUCACACGAGCUCAAUCUGUCAACCGUUCGCGUGGAGGCUCUGCUAGCACAUGCCUGACGAUUCUUGCCCAGUUUCCUGCGGUGGAAGCAAUGCUGGUCGCCCCUCUGGGCGGAAAUGAGGAGGGACAGAUGAUUAUACGCGACCUGCAGAAUGAGAGAGUGAGUACGAGGUUCUGCAAGGUCUGCAAACAUGCUGGAGUUCCUAGCGCGUGGGUACUGCAUGCAGGCGACACGGAUUCUCGAACUGUCAUCAACAAUAAUCCGCUUCCUGACAUUACUCACGAAGAAUUUGUCUCUCUUCUCGGACCCCUUCUCGCUCCAGAAAAUUAUGCCUAUGUUGCCCCGCCGUCCUCUCACACUCCAGGACUAUCUACCACUCCUCCGGCAAAUCUGACCGUAAAUAGUAGUAUGCAACCUCGCAGUUCAAUCUCAACCCCGCUCCCUUCCACCUUAACGACGGGCCGAGUAGGAACAACCACUCCCGCCCCGUUUGACUGGAUCCACUUCGAGGGACGAUCGGUCAAGACGACGCUUGGCAAUAUCAUAGGGCUUGAUGGCCUCGCUCGGGAACGAAAGUGGAGGAGCCACUGUGUUUUCAGCGUGGACAUCGGCAGACGAGCUCGACAGGGCGUCGAAGCGCUAAUACCGCACGCGGACGUGCUGUUCCUCAACAAACACUAUGCACUCGCUCAUUCCCCACAAUACGCUUCCUCUCCCCGCGCGUUCCUGCUGUCCUUCAUCGCCCUCGCGCCUCCGCACGCGCUCCUGGUUGCACACUGGGGUGCCGAAGGCGCGGCAGUGCUCUCAAUGCCCACAAAGGAAUACUUCCAGAGCUCAGGAUGGGUGGAGAAGAACGCCCCCAGGUUCGGGAGCCCGACAACUGGCAUGGCGAGGGGCAUUCCGGAAAACCCGGAUGUGGUGCGGGACCAGGUGGACAUGCGCUCUGUGCGCACCGGCAGCGACUUCUAUGCGGACGCGGGGCACACGAUCGACACCGCUAGCAUGUUCACCGCGGGCGGGCUCUCCUCGGCGCUCGCGUCGGAGCACCCGCGCGAGGAGCCGCCACAACGUGCCCGUGCAGCAUCCGCGGUGCGCCAACAACAGCGUCGACGUCGCGAUGGCCGCGGCGAGGACGAUGGGGAGUCGUCCGACUCUGACGGGACGCAGAUCGCAGGUCCGGGCGCGACGCAUGAGGGCGGCGUGCCCCGCGUAUGUUCUCGCCCGAGCCUGAAUUCGCUGUCGGGCGCGAUCAUCGAUGAGGUGGGCGCACAGGAUGCGUUCGUAGCGGGGAUGAUGUUCGCCCUUAGUCGGAGGAUGGUGCCCGGCGAUCCCUACACACCGUCUGCAAUGGGGCGUGACGGGGUGGACGGGGAGCGGGAUUGGGACAUUCAGAGGGGACGCUGGCGGUUAGAGGAGUGUUUGAGAUUUGCGACAGAGUUGGCUGGGCGGAAAGGCAGACGGAAAGGGUGGGACGGCUUAGCAGACGAGAUGAUGAGAGCCGGAUGGUUUGAAAAUUGA